AUGAAUCCUGCUGCUGGAGACCAGGCACCUGCGACGCAGGAUAACUCUGGUCCUACCCCCCUCGAUUAUCUCGCCGACGAAGCAACAAAAAGACUCAAGGAGUUCCAUGAACAAGCUAGAGUUCAAAGAGCGACUGACCGGCUAGAGCGAGAACAGCAAGUUGCCGAGUCACAUAGGCGAGAAGUUGUUGAAGAAGUCGCAGAGAGCAACCCUGAAAAUGAGAUUUCUGGCCACAGUCCCAGAAUACUAGAGGCUGCAGAGAUCCUUCUGAGCCUUCGUCACGAGGUACUAGCUCCUCUGCCAUCAACAUCAAAUCUUCAAGGAGGAGAAACUAACCGAGAAACAGAAAUAUUUGACCGCGGAUCUCUGUAUCAGCAACCCCCAGCUCUCUCUACUACUCCAGUGGAUGAAAUCCGAGACAGAACCGAGAACAUAGAGAACCAGUCCACAGAAACGCAUCUGGUAAGUGAGCAGCAACCCAGACCUUCUGAAAAUGAGAAUGACGGUCCAUCUUCCAAUGAGCACGGCGAGGACGCUAAUUCCCGGCUGGGUCCAGCAGAUGCUCAAGAUGAGAGUUUACUGCGAUCAGAAGGCGAAGGAGUUCCUGCAGAGAACCGAGACCGCUUGAUCCAAAGACGCCUGCAGCUUCUGCUAGAAAUCGUGCAAGCCAAUGAAGAGCCUGGCCCAAUAGAGAGCGAUAGCACUGGAGAACGCGUGACGCGAGACCUGAACUACAUUGCCGAUCCAGCUGAUUACACCCUGUAUCGCACUGCGUCGGGUCAAGAGCGUCGCAUCAUACACCAUGAGCCUCGCAAUCCACCUUCUUCUCCGCCCAGGGCUGAAACGUAUACGAACAAUAGCCAGGCAGAGCUCGACCCCGAUUUGCACUACUGGACAAGUCCCGACGGCUUGAAACAUGACAUGAAGAAGUACAAACCGGACCCGAAUGCAGCUCCCCCAGCCAAAAGAAAGUGGGACGAUGUGAUUGCCGCGGCGCAAAAGGAGCAGCAAGAAGCUGCGAAGCCUGGUGUGAAGCCGAAGCCCAAACCCGGGCCCAAAGGCAAAAAGGGCAAAGGUCGGGCAGGUGCGAGUAGCUCGAGUGCGCCGGCGAAGCGGGCAGCUACUACAAGUACACCAAGAAGUCGUCGAGCAGCGAAGCCUCCACCCGUUGCGGGAUCUCCGAUGCGAGAAACGCGAUCUGCAGCCAAGAGAAAGAGGGAUGAGGUUGAUGAGGCGAAAGAAGUUGACAGCGGUGAAGACGGUGCGGCUGCUCCUCCUCCAGCGAAGAAAAAGCGGUUCAUGAUCAUCCUCAGAAUGCCGCCCAAUCCCGCAGCCGGUUCUGAGUAA